UCAUUCUAAAAAAGAAGAAAUCAUACACAAACAGACAUGGAACCCCCUAAUGAUGAUGUCUUUUGGUGCGAGUGACCGGACCUUAUGUGUUACUUUGACGGUGAUCAUGAUUUCUGUCAGCUAUAUUCUGCUAUGUGGACAGUUGCUCUUAUUAGUUACAGUAAUUCUUUUACAAUGUUUGGAAGGCAUCCAGUCUCAAAACUCGUCGACCACUGAUACAGCUACCACAUCCCCUAGUCCUGGCUCGACGCUGCCUCCUUUCUCCUACCAGACCUCCGAAACUGUAAAAUAUGAAAUCCCAGUGGAAAGUACGAAUUAUACAGAUGCAUUCGAGUACAAGGCUAUGUCACCUGUCGUCCUCUGCAGUUAUUUGCCAGAGGAGUUCAUCUACUGUCAGGACCCUGUGGAUCAUGCUGGAAAUCAUAGCGCUUUACUGGAGAUGGGCCAUGGGUGUGUUGGGUGGGGAGGACAGACUCAAAAAGAAGUGAACCACACACCAGUUGUCUGUACUGCGCUUGAAGACAUCGAAUGUGCUGGCCCCAGAGAAUUCCUGAGAGGGAGAGUUCCUUGCAUCAAAUACACCGGACACUAUUUCAUCACCACUCUGCUCUACUCCUUCUUCCUUGGUUGUUUUGGGGUUGAUCGUUUCUGCCUGGGCCACACAGGGACAGCGGUGGGGAAAUUGCUCACACUUGGAGGUCUGGGAAUCUGGUGGUUCGUGGACUUGAUCCUGCUAAUUACUGGUGGCUUGAUGCCUAGUGAUUACAGCAACUGGUGCACUUACUACUGACCAGGAGAGUAAAACCUAAAUUUGGACACUUUCCCAUUAUGUAUAGUGCAUGUUUAAGAGAACUCCAGACAUCAAGGGAUCUCGGGCUUCCCUACCCAGCAGAGAUCCUGCAAGCUUUCCUGGGAUAAAUAAAAAAAUACCUCUGUACUACUGUUUCUCUUACCAGAAAACAAAUUAAAAAAAGAACAUUGAAUCCA